UAUAAAUGAUAUAGUUUCCAUUUUUUCCGUACUUCUUCAUCAUCGCCGUCUACAAAAAUAAAACCCUAAACUCACACUCCGCCUCCUGCGAGAUCCAUCAACAUUUCCUCAAAAAUGAAGGUUGUCGCCGCGUUUUUGCUCGCCGUUUUGAGUGGGAAAGCUUCCCCAACCAGUACCGAUAUCAAGGAUAUUCUCGGAUCAGUUGGUGCUGAGACAGAGGACUCUCAGAUUGAGCUUUUGUUGAAGGAAGUGAAAGGAAAAGACUUGACUGAGCUUAUUGCUGCUGGAAGGGAGAAGCUUGCUUCAGUGCCGUCUGGUGGUGGUGGUGUUGCUAUGGCUUCUGCUCCAUCCGCUGGAGGAGGAGGCGGUGGUGCCCCUGCUGCUGAGUCCAAGAAAGAAGAGAAGAAGGAAGAGAAGGAAGAAUCCGAUGAUGACAUGGGUUUCAGUCUGUUCGAGUAACCUGGUAUGGUAGCAAAUGGAAUCCGGUUUUGUUGUACCCUUUUGAAAUCUACAUGUUUGUUGUUUAGUUUGUAUUCCAUUAUCUAUUUAGACCGUUGCUGAGAUUCACAGAUUUUUGACUCAGAACAUCAGUCUCACUUCACUUGUGAUUCGCAUUUUAUAUUUCAAGUUAUUGCCUCGGUUACAUGGUUUCA